GGCCGCGCGCAACGGCUGUUGGCAAUCGUGGCUGUCGCGCCUUAUCGGUCCGUUAGCGUAGUCGGUUAUCACUGAUGGCAUUUUUACCUCGGCUGUUGUCGUCGGUCUCGUUAAAAGAGUCAAUUUGCGACGAGCAAUUUCUAUCGUUUAUAUGAAGAUACGACGCAGCUGCGACCAUGACGACCGCGUUGUACUUGGAGCACUAUCUCGACAGCCUUGAGCACUUGCCGAUCGAAUUGCAGAGAAAUUUCACAUUGAUGCGCGAUUUGGACGCGAGGGCGCAGGGCUUGAUGAAGGACAUUGACAAACUGGCGGACGAUUACUUGAGAAACGUGAAGAAGGAAUCGUCGGAGAAGAGGAAGGAGCAGCUCGCCCAUAUACAGGGCCUCUUUAACAAGGCGAAGGAAUACGGCGACGACAAGGUCCAGCUAGCUAUUCAAACCUACGAAUUGGUCGACAAACACAUCCGACGACUGGAUUCGGAUCUGUCGCGAUUCGAGGCGGAGAUACACGACAAAUCGGGGGGCAGCAACAAAGCGCAGGAGGACAGCAAUGCCAGCAAGAAGGGCAGGAAGAAGCUCAAGGAGAAAGAGAAGAGGAAGAAGGGCACUGCGGUGAGCAGCGAGGACGAGGCCAAGAAUGCGAGAAAGAAGCAGAAGAAGGGUGGCUGUGUAGCUUCAGCGUCAUCGACUGGCGCCGUGGGAAGCAGCGCCCAGGUAGACGCGACAGCCCUCGGCCAUCCCGCCGACGUUCUGGACAUGCCUGUCGACCCCAACGAGCCGACUUAUUGUCUUUGUCAUCAAGUAUCGUACGGAGAAAUGAUCGGUUGUGAUAAUCCAGAUUGCCCUAUAGAAUGGUUCCACUUCGCCUGCGUAGGUUUAACGACGAAACCUAAAGGAAAGUGGUAUUGUCCCAAGUGUACGCAAGAUCGCAAAAAGAAGUGAAACCUAGGAACGUGAAUAUCCGCUGAUCGUCGUUCGUUUGUAGAAGAGUACAGAAGUUUUUCAUAUUGAAAGUAAACCGAUUUUUUCUUUUAUAAAAAGACUAUAGAGAAUUUACAAAAGAGUUGUACAAAAAACGGAACUGCAUUUCCAUUGCAUCUAAUGCUGGUAACGAGACAGUUUUUUUUUUAUUUUUACGUAAGGCAUACAAGUGUGAUGUGCAAACGCGAAUUGUUAAACUACAAUUUCUUCAGAACGUUAUAACCUGUAGAAAUUAGAUUUUCACGAGACACGGCAGUGUCUCGCGCCAAGUAUAAGCGUCUUGUAUACAGAAUUGUAUCGUGGACUUUUUCAAUUCUACAAAGGGCCUCGAUAGUGAAAUGAUUACUCGUGUCCCGCAUCUCAUUUUAAAUGUAUCAAAUGGUUAAUAUAUGAAUUAUAUUACUAUCGACAGAUACAUAAUAAUUUUACAUGAAUGAUUUUGUUUUUUUUAUAAAUAAAUUCUUAUCAAUUUUAGAUGUAAUGGAAGCACAGUUCGAACGGAAAUCCAUCACAGACGGAAAAGAAACGUUUUAAGAAUCGGCCAUCGUCUCGCUAUCGCUUCACAGUCUCUUUAUAUAAUAUCGAACUAGUAAUUUAUUGUAAUGUUAACUGCGUCGCAUAAGAAUCACUUUACAUUUUUUUGCCAUCCUUUUUCACGGCCGUUUCUUGAAUAUAUCUGUGAUUUCGCUAAUAAUCUAUAGUUUUAAUUAGAGCAUUAAAAUAUUAACGUUAUUGUAUAAUUAGAGCAUUAAAAUAUUAACGUUAUUACUGUUUUUGUAUGUUAUGAAUGUACAUCGCUUUAUAUGUGAGCGUACAUCGCGCGAGGUAAACUCCUGUUGGAGAUGCGAAAAGUGUAUUAUACAGGAUGAACCGUAAACCGCGUGGCUGUCCCAACCUUUACUGUAAGAGCUGGAUUACUGGCUGUAAAAUUCUGGUUAACUGAACGCUAUAGGAGAAAUAAUUUGUUGACAAAGUAUAUUUUAUGCAAUGCUAAAUAAAUAUUGUCAGUUGUUAUAUGGGCAGCACAAAAUGUACUGUGCUAACAACUUAGUUUUCUCCCAUAGCGUUUAAUUAACCAGAAUUGCAGUCAGUGAUCCGGCUAUUAUGGUAAACGAUUGGGACAGCCUUUACGGCUCACCCUGUACAAACGAAGUGCAGCAAUAUGAUUAAAAAAAAUAUAUUUAGUUCAUC